AUGUCCAUAAUGACCAGCCGUGUCGUUAAUUAUUUAUUAAUCGUAGGUGAAUACGAAAAAGCCGAAGAAUAUUGUAAAUUAUUAUUUAAUGAAAUUUUACCAAUCGAUCGUGAUUAUAUUAGUAAAAUAAAUAGUAAUCUCGGUUUGAUUAAUCAUAAAAAAGGCAAUUAUGAUCUAGCUUUAAAAUAUUUUGUUAGGGCAUUUGAAAUUCGACCCAAUAAUAAGUUUAUUUCAAUAACAUCCGAGAAUAACGGCGACAGUGAACAAGCUAAAGAGUAUUUUGAAAAUUCACCAAAUCGCGAUGAAUAUAAUUCGUUAUUAUUAAAUGCAGAUACGUAUAGUACCAUAGGUUUAUUUUAUGACAGUGAAGAAACUGGCCAGCCUGGAAUAGGAUAUAUUUAUUCAAAUAUUGGUCUCUAUUAUAAACAAAAUAAAGAUUAUUCAACAGCGUUAAUAAAUCAUAAAAAGACACUAGAAUUUGAACUUGAGAUCGAUCAUGCAACAUUGGAUUUUAUUUAUUAUCAUUUAGGCUUAGUUUAUGUCGAAAUAGACGAUUAUGUCAAUGGAAUCAAAUAUUUAAGUAAAACGUUUGAUAUUCAAACAAGAACUCAACAAAAAAUACUUGAUUAUGAAAGCGCAUUGAAACAUACUCAAUUAGCAUUGUCUUAUUUUUAUUCUAUGAUUGCCGAUAUAUAUGAAAGUUUCGUGGUAAUGUAUCAAGAAAAUGGUGAUUAUGACAACGUCGUAUUAAACUUAAAUAAAGCACUCGAUAUUCAACUAAAUAUUCAUCCACAAACUUAUACAUUAAUUGUUCAAUUCCCAUUAAUUUAA